GGAGCUCUCCCUGGAUCCUUCUCCUGUCCAGCGAGAGGCCGCUCACUAUUUCGGGUACGUGUACUUCCGGCAGGUCAAGGACAGCUCCAUGAGGAGGGGCUACUUCCAGAAGUCCCUGGUGCUCGUGUCCCGCCUGCCCUACGUGAACCUGUUCCAGUGCCUGCUGCAGCUGAUUGCUCCCGAGUACUUCGACAAGCUGGAGCCCUGCCUGGAGGCAGUGUGCAACGAGAUCGACCAGUGGCCACCCCCAGUGCCUGGCCAGACCCUGAACCUGCCCGUGAUGGGAGUUGUCAUCCAGGUGAGGAUCCCAUCCCGGGUGGACAAGCCAGGCUCCAGCCCAGUGAAGCAGUGCAACCAGGAGAACCUGCUACCAGCCCCCCUGGUUCUCCCCAGUGUUCAUGAGCUGGAUCUGUUCAGGUGCUUCCAGCCAGUGCUGAUCCACAUCCAGAUGCUGUGGGAGCUGAUGCUGCUGGGGGAGCCCAUGGUGGUGAUGGCCCCGUCCCCCAGCGUGUCCUCAGAGAUGGUGCUGGCCCUCACCAGCUGCCUGGCCCCUCUCCGUUACUGCUGUGAUUUCCGGCCGUACUUCACCAUCCACGACAGCGAGUUCAAGGAGUACACCACACGUACCCAGGCCCCGCCCAACAUCGUCGUGGGCGUCACCAACCCCUUCUUCAUCAAAACCCUGCAGCACUGGCCACACAUCCUGAGGGUGGGCGAGCUCCGCAUGGCAGGGGACCUGCCCAAGCAGGUGAAGGUGAAGAAACUGGCCAAGCUGAAAACCCUGGACACCAAACCAGGAAUCUACACUUCCUAUAAAACUUUCCUUCACAAAGACAAAACGCUGAUAAAAAGGCUACUAAAGGGCAUCCAGCGGAAGCGGCCCUCGGAGGUGCAGAGCGCUCUGCUGAGGAGGCACCUCCUGGAGCUCACCCAGAGCUUCAUCAUCCCCCUGGAGCAUUACAUGGCCAGCCUGAUGCCCCUGCAGAGAGCCAUCACUCCGUGGAAGAAUCCCCCCCAGAUCCGCCCGUUCUGCCAGGAGGAUUUCAUGAAGAGCCUGGAGCACGCCGGGCCCCAGCUCACCUGUGUGCUCAAGGGGGACUGGCUGGGGCUCUACAGGCGAUUCUUCAAGUCCCCCAAUUUUGAUGGAUGGUUCCGGCAGAGGCACCGCGAGAUGAGCCAGAAGCUCGAGGCCCUGCACCUGGAGGCCAUCUGUGAGGCGGACAUCGUGGCCUGGAUGAAGGACAAGUCCGAGGUGGAGAUCGUGGACCUGGUGCUGAAGCUCCGGGAGAAGCUGGUGAGGGCUCGCUGCCAGCACCUGCCCGUGAAGGAGGAGACCCUGCAGAGGGUGAGUCUCUACAUCGACACCAUCAUCGGCUCCCUGCCCGAGGACCUGCAGGCUGUGCUGCACCACCCCUGAGCACCCACCCGGGGACUCCUGGAGCAGGAGAACAUGGCCAGCCUGUCCCAGCCUGUCCCAGCCCGCUGGGACAGCCCUUCCGAGAGGAGAUCCUGCCCUGAUCCCGCUGGGAUUGCCGCGGGGGCAC